UAUCUUAAAGAAUUUUACAUAGCGAUGAAACUUACAAGAUUUCAGCUGACACUUGUGAAAUGGUAAAUGCAAAUUUUCCUCAUAUGAAGUAUAAAUAUCAUAUCACUCAAAUUGAGUAGUGUGAUGAUUCAUAGAAAAGUAGAAAGGAAACUUGUAAUGAACGAUUAGAUGAUAAACCUUAACAGAGUUUGGUGAAUAAAUAGAUGUAGGUUAUAUUAUGCACAACAAUGAAGGCGUGAUUGGGUUUUUCCAGUUUUAGAGUCACGCCUAACACCAUCGUGGAGAUGUAAGGGCUGAGACGUAAUUUCAAAAUAUAGCUUCAUCUUUAAUAAUAUCUCUCUUUAGUCAAUUUACCCUAGCGCAGCUGAUAUCAAAAUAAUCCCGGCCGUCUUCAUUCGUCGGCGCCACCUCGUUCCUCCUCCCACCUUCCCUGUCCCCGUGCCGUAACCCGAAUCUGCAUCGUUGAGAUCCUUCGUGCCUAGAUAACUUUUGACAGACACGAGGAGAAAUGAGUGCUUACAAAGCUUUUAAAGCUUGUGUUCCGGUUGAAUGGAGUGAGAGGCUCUACAUAACCCUUGUUAGGGGUACCCCGGGCACCAGGGCACUCCAUAGGCGUACCUUGGAGGCUUUGCACCUAACCAAAUGCAACCGGACUGUUUCGCGGAAAAACACUCCAACCCUCCGGGGAAUGCUUAAUCAGGUUAAAAGGUUGGUAGCCAUUGAGACGAAAGAAAUGUACGAGGCUCGGAAGCAGCAGGAGGCUAAUCACCGUGCUCUUCGGCCUCCGUUGGUUGUUAGUCAUGAUUCAGCCCCAAAGAUGGAAUCUUCACAGUGAUCAGGGAGAUUCUCCAUUGUAGCUUGCAUAAGUCGUCGCAGAAGAUCCGACAUUUCUGAUGGGAUCAAAAGCUUCAUUUACAGCUUAAUUUGAGUUGAAGUUUCUGUUCAUUUUGAAUGCUAAAGUUUAAGUGUUGAUUCAUGGUAGUGACAAUGAGGCAGCCAGGACGAUGCUGGACUUUUAAGUGGAUAUUUACUACUGUGUACUAUUUUGAAACGGGUACUCGGUAUAUCAAUCACCAUAACUGUUUCCUUCAUGAUGUAUCAGGACUGGGUUGCAUUCGUAAAUAUAGAGUUUUCUUUUUCUUUUAGUAUGCAUCUGUUCUAGUGAAGGAAUAAACACUCUGAACACUGUUCUAUGGUAGUGAAUCAAGGCUGAUAAGAAGGAAUAAACACUUUCUGACAUUUAUAGAACUUGAUUGAACUGUGGUUUUGUCAACUUACCGUCUCAUCAUGAGAUGGCUGUUACAAAAUUUUGAGCAGUCUAACCCUUUCUUUUGUGGAAUGGCUGCAAUCUUAUCGAUCUAUUUGCUUAACUAGUAAUUGCUACGAAACACACAUGUUUUGCAUAUUACAAAACUCAACCUUUUGGUUUUGUGGAUGAAGGAAAUGCACAGAAGAGGCAUCUACCUUUCACUCAUAACUUACACAAUCACCCAUUGACAUGGUCAAAAGCUGUGUCUUGAUGGGUAUCAGAACCAUUUUUU